CAGUUUCAAGCUUCAAAUUCACGCAAACAGUAAACUCGAUUGGGCGAUGAUCAAGUUUACAUUUUUAUUCGCACUGGCUGCUGCCACAGUCGGCGCAGUUCCUUUGCUCCGCACCCGUGAGCUCAACCCGACCCAUCGCAUAGUCGGCGGAGCGGCGACCACCAUCGAAGAGACGCCUUACCAGGUUUCGAUUCUCGCUUUGGGUACCCACUGGUGUGGUGGCAGCAUAAUCUCUGAGACCUGGAUCCUUACCGCCGCAGAAUGCCUGCCUUUCCCGUGGACCUGGUACACGGUCCGCACCGGAUCCGCCCUCUCCAACAGUGGUGGCACCGUCACCCAGGCUGCAGCGACGAUCCUGCACCCGAGCUUUGGUUCGAACGCCUACUGGUACCCCGUGAACGACAUCGCCCUCAUCCAGCUGAGCAGCAGCAUCGUCUUCGACUCCACUCAGGCUGCGAUCUCACUGUAUGAACUGAGCGAACCAACAGUCGUUGGUGCCCCCGCCAUCGUCACUGGAUGGGGUGCGAUCUCCAACCAUGGCGCCUACUCCACCACCCUCCAGGCCAUUGCCGUGCCCAUCAUCUCUCAGGAUGAUUGCACCGCAGCGUACGCCAGUAUCGGGGGGAUUGAAGACAACCACAUAUGCGCCGCUUGGACUGAUGGUGGUCUGGGAGCUUGUCAGGGUGAUACUGGUAGCCCCGUUGCCGUUCAUGGACGCCUUGCAGGUAUCGUUUCGUGGACGUUCCAAUGCGGCGCUGUCGGAUUCCCUGGUGUCUAUACCGAAGUCGCUGCCUACCGAACCUGGAUCACCGAGACCUCUGGAGUCUAAGAAUCGACGUUGCAGCUCCGUAACCGAAAUCCAAAUUAUUUGAGAAAACAUUAGUUUUAAUAAA